AUGGAGCGCUCCAUCUCCAUACACCUGACGGCGUCGCGAGCUGCGCGUGCCGACAAUGAUACGGGCUCUGUUGGGGUAUUGCCUGCGCCUCCUGGCAUGACGCCAGAUCUUCAAAACCCAAGAGACGCCGGACGUAAAACCUGCAUCAUCAUCAUGUCCGUUUGUCUCGGUCUGGUCACGAUCCUUUUCUUUCUGCGCUCAUAUGUCAAGAUACGCCUUGUCCGGAACUCCUUCUUGGAAGAUGCGAAUUCAUACGGUGUUGGCUAUCAUGUCUGGGAGAUAUCGCAGGAAACAUACUCAAACUCACUCAAGUGGCUCUGGGGCUGCUCGGUUGCAUACUGUCCAGCCGCCUUCUUUACCAAAACGACACUUCUUCUCCUCAUCGCGCGUGUCUUCGCAGUUGAAGAGCGCACCGCUCGCGCUAUCUACUACUUCAUCAUCUUCAUUCUGAUCCUUUACCUACCUAUCCAGAUAGUCAAGACCAUCAUUUGCCUCCCGAUAAAAUCCUACUGGGACAAGAGCGUUCCAGGACGGUGCCUGGACCAGAAGAAGGCCUUUGUGGUUGACCUUUCCGUUGCCAUCCUGACAGAUCUUGUGAUUCUCCUUCUCCCAAUCCCCCUGACCUGGAACUUGCGAAUGCCCUGGAAGCAGAAGUUGAAGAUCUGGGCCCUCCUGGGCACCGGGGGUGCCGCAGUUGCCACAACAGUCUAUCGCAUGGUCAAGGCCAUUCAAUUCAUGCACCAGAAUGAUGUGACGGCGGACAUUGUUGCUUUGGAUUUGUCAACGAUGGUUGAGUUGACGAUUGGAUUCUCAUGUGCCUGCCUCCCGGCGCUUAACAUCUUAUUUCAGAGACGGUCGAACCGACGUUCCAAUGGCAAUUCGCCGCGCACAAGCAAUAAUAACAGCCCAUGGCGAAGCUGGAAGUGGGAUUUCAUGUCCAGCACUGGGAAACCGACUUCGUCUGCGACAAUCCAUCACUCUGCGCCUUCUAGACUGCCAUCUGUCACAGAGACCAAGGCGGGCCCGGUCAACUUCGACGUCGAGUUGGCCAUGAUAUCAGAUCCAGAUGGCGGCGAUGCAACUGUACAAUCCCCUCGGGAACAUGAAGAAGACCGAAACGAAGAACAUUGGUUUGUUCACGAACGGGCCAACUCGUUGGAUGGAAGGCGGCAAGGCUGGCUUGAUCCACAGAUACACCAUCAGGCACAUAAUCCAAUGUCAUCUGAGAAUGUCAGCGAGGACUCGCGAACGUCGGUGACAAACCCUUCAACGGAGCUAGCGAGGGUCAGUGGCAACAGGCCGUGGAGUAGAAUCUUUGACGGGACCGAUAAUUCUCCACCACCUUGA